AAGGGCUUAACAUUGUGGUUUUAUAGACAUGAUCUAUUCACGAUUGUACGAGAUUUUUUAACCUUGUGGAAUUGUAAUCAAACGAAAACGAACUUGCUAAAUAAUAUUAACAGCCUAAUAAAAUCCUCAAAGCGAGUGCGUUAUUAUUACAUGUUUACGAUUAUGUUAAUUGGUACAUCUUUUGGAUUGCGACCUUUAAUUAUAAUUUUUACUUACUGUGUAAGUUCAUCAAGACAAUCAAACAGUACAUUCGAUUUUUCAGUUGUUGUUUAUCCACUAGCGUAUCCUUUCACGUAUCAAACGGUCAGUCGAUAUUCAUUAUUGCUAUUGUACGAAGAAUUUGUUAAUUAUUUCGCCGUUUGUUAUGUGAUAUGCGAUGCUCUCUACAUUCAACUAAUGACACAUAUCUCUAUUAAUUUUUUGGUAAAAUAUAUCAAAACUAAUUUUUCAAUUUUGUUAAAAAAAAAUUAUAAUUUGAGACUGCAGGAGUUGAAUUAUUUUUGUAUUUUUAGGUUUUGGCUGAUGAUUUUAAUAAUAAUAUGUGAAAAAGUUGAGUCUUUCUAUAAUCCUAUUGUGUUCUUCACGAUAGUAAUGAACGGGUUGGAUCUAUGUUUAUGUGUCAUUGUUAUCGACAAGGAAAUAGCAGAAGGAAACUGGACUAUAGUGAUCAAGAGCUUCGUCCAUGCAGUCGCACUUUUUGUGCAAAUAAUCAUGUAUUGUAAUUUCUCGCAUACCGCGACAGAAAUGACUGCAAGUAUUAAAAACUCUAUUUACAAUUCCGAGUGGGUCAACAAUAGUAACAAAUUUAAAAAAAUGAUUAUGAUGAUAAUGAUGCGUACGAGCAAAGAAUACAAAUUUACAGCGUACGGUAUUCUUGUUUUAAAUCGUGAGCAAAUGGCUAAGGUCAUCCAGACUACGAUGAGCUACUUCACGCUUUUGAGGAGCUUUACA